GUGAUUCUUUGGUAAGAACGCGAGUGGCGAGUCGCGCGUAUUGCAGAAGUUUUUAGUUCAAUAGUUUAAUUUCUUGGCGUUUAUGAAGUUUAAAAGUUAAAUCUAUACAGACUUGCGUUAAGAAUAUAGUUAGUCAAUAGCAAAUUACAAAGAAACGUGCAAUAUUCAACUAUUCAAGCUUCCAUCGCCACAAAUACCAAAUCGAACCCUCCCGAGAAAAAAAAAACAUGGACGACGAGUUGGUAACCUGCCCGUACAACAAGGAACACCGGAUCAUCCGGUACCGGUUGCCGUACCACAUCAUCAAGUGCAAGAAGCAAUACGUCGGCAAGCAGCUGGAACCGUGUCCUUUCAACGCGAUGCACCUGGUGGACAAAAACGAAAUGACCGCUCACAUCAAAGACUGCCCGGACUAUCUGAUCACGGUGGAGAACGACAUGAUCAAGGAGUACGCUCCGUCCCGAAGUGGGGUUGGGAGUGAACGAUUUUCUCGGGCGUCGUCGACCGCCUUACAGAAGCGCAGCCAACAGAUGUGAUAGGCACCGUCCGUGUCGUUGUAUCAUGCGGAGAGAACUAGCUUUUAUAACAAUUCCCUAGAACUGUAAGUUCACAUAUAUGACUCGAUUUCGAUUGAAAUGGUAUAAACGUAUGAAAAAUGUUCAAAUACAUAAAUGACAAAAAGGUCAUUAAGCAAUUCAGA